CCUCGCCCUUUCCAAACUGAGGUCCAGAGACUGGGUGGAGUGCUAGCCGUCUGGGCCUUGGAGAUGUUCCCAAGAGCUCCACCCCGCGCGUCUCACCCUGGCAUGUAGCCUUUGCAUAUAGGACAGGGUCCCGGCUGAGAUGGGACAGGGUUGGAAGGGCCACCCAAGACCUCCCAGGUAGCCUGCCCGUGCGUCCUGGCCUGGGUCAGUAGGCUCCACAGGUCCAGGGCCCUGACUUCGCCUUAGCGGUGAGGCCGCGGAGCAGCCAGGACACUGACAUUGUGAUUGUCCAGGAUCAUCAACGCAGAGAAAUCAGAGUUCAACGAAGAUCAAGCUGCCUGUGGGAAGCUGUGCAUCCGGCGAUGUGAGUUUGGGACCACGGAGGACCAAGAGUGGCUGACUCUGUGCCCAGAGGAGCUGUUGACGGGUCAUUACUGGGCACUGUUUGACGGGCACGGAGGUCCUGUGGCAGCCAUCCUGGCCGCCAACACUCUGCACUCCUGCCUGCGCCGGCAGUUGGAGGCCGUGGUAGAGGGCAUGGUGGCCGUUCAGCCACCCAUGCACCUCAGUGGCCGCUGCGUGUGCUCCAGCGACCCCCAGUUCGUGGAGGAAAAGGGCAUCAGGGCAGAAGACUUGGUGAUUGGGGCUCUGGAGAGCGCCUUCCAGGAAUGUGAUGAGGUGAUCGGGCGGGAGCUGGAGGCCUCAGGUCAGGUGGGCGGCUGCACUGCUCUGGUGGCUGUGUCCCUGCAGGGAAAGCUGUUCGUGGCCAAUGCUGGGGAUAGCAGGGCCAUCUUGGUGCGCAGAGACGAGGUACGGCCGCUGAGCUCUGAGUUCACCCCAGAGACCGAGCGGCAGCGAAUCCAGCACCUGGCCUUUGUCUACCCUGAGCUUCUGGCUGGUGAGUUUACCCGACUGGAGUUCCCUCGUCGACUAAAGGGGGACGACUUGGGGCAGAAGGUUUUGUUCAGGGAUCACCACAUGAACGGCUGGAGCUACAAACGAGUGGAGAAAUCGGACCUCAAGUACCCACUGAUCCAUGGGCAGGGUAGGCAGGCUCGGUUACUGGGAACACUGGCUGUCUCCCGGGGACUGGGGGACCAUCAGCUCAGAGUCCUGGACACGAACAUCCAGCUCAAGCCCUUUUUGCUCUCCAUCCCACAGGUAACUGUGCUGGAUGUGGACCAGCUGGAGCUGCAGGAGGAGGACGUGGUUGUCAUGGCGACUGAUGGGCUCUGGGAUGUCCUGUCCAAUGAGCAGGUUGCAUGGCUGGUGCGGAGCUUCCUCUCUGAGAACCGGGAGGACCCACACAGGUUCUCGGAGCUGGCGCGAAUGCUGAUACACAGCACACAGGGGAAGGACAGUCCUACAGGGGAAGGGCAGGUGUCCUACGAUGACGUCUCUGUGUUCGUGAUCCCCUUGCAUAGCCAGGGCCAAGGGAGCAGUGGCCACUGAGGGUCCAGAAACUGCAUCCCAGGAACACUCCAGGGCUGGGUGCAGUCUGGGUAUCCCUCUGCUGUGGCCAACGACAGGCCUGCCUGCCCCACCCCCAGCCUAGCCCAGUGCCAUUGCCUUCCACCCCAACUUACAUGCCAAGGGGGAACAUCUGUGCUAGGCAAUCAGAACUGGAAGGGUGUGGGGGGCCCAGCCCACCCAGUCCCGGCUUCUGCAAUAACAUCCCUCUGCAGACGUACUUCACAGCCUGGGAAACCCAUGCAAGGCUCUCAGGCAGGAUCCUCAACAGCCCCGGGUGUCAUUCUCAGGUAGGGACACCCAGGUCAUGCUGGGAUCCAGGUCUCCAACCCAUGAAGGUCAGAACAUCCAUUUAGCAACCCGAGUCCAGAGAGUUCCUUGUAGAAGCCUUUGGACAGCCUCACUUGGGCUGGAGCUGCCAUCUUGAAGGCACAGUGCCCAGACAGGCUCAGGGCCUGGGGCUAAAGUUGGGGGUGGGGGCAAGAGCCCCCAGAGCUGGCUGGGCAGGAAGUAGUAUCCGACCGCUACCUCUAACCUGGCCUACUACCUGAUUGCUCCUCUAAGGUCCCUGCCCUAGCCUGACGCCCCAGUUCCGGUGCUUUGUAGCUCCCAUCACCUCCUAUUAAGUUUGUGUGGGAGCUGGCAGGUGGUGUGGCUAAGAUGCUGACUCACACGUCCAUCAGAAGUUUGAGUUCCAGACCUGGUGGCUUGCUUUUUCUCUUACCCUCUGGUCAAAUUUAAAUA